AUGGACAUUUUCAAAGGUGGAAUCCAAUCUCGUGACCAGAGCCAUAGCUCCAUAGGUAUACCUGAUACUCUCCUCCCCGCCCUUGUGCAAACCACUGACUGGUGAGUAAUUGCGACAUGGCUUGUUACAGUUGUGGAAGAAACAAGGGGGAUCUGAGAACCUCUCUCAGAAAAUGUUUACAUUUUAAAGUUCCGAUCCAGGCCUCAUUUCUGGCUUUCCCCAAGCACAUCCUAGUAAAUCCAUUACUGUAUAUUUGUUUAUUGUAACUCGUUUUUGCUCAUUUCUAGAUACAUCUCCUGCUCCAGAAUGGGCUACAAACACAGGUAAGCAACCCGAAGAGCAGCCCGAAUCAAAUCAAAUACUAAAUCAGAUCACAUGAAGUUAGUCAUCUAUAAGCCUGGUGUUAAUGGCUGCGCCGGCAUGGUCUAAGUUCCAUUCGAAAACUUGCUAUCUGCACAAAAAUAAAAUCUACAGGCAUGAGCUACAGAAAGCCCCUGAGUAAUAAGGCUUUUUAGGUUUUUGGAGUUAAACUCCGAAGGCCGACUGUACAAACGCCAGAUAGCCCUAUUGUCCAUUGACUGGUAUAACUUACAUUAAACUUUAGUAUAUAAAAAUUCAGGUAUCGCAAAACUGAGACUGUGUAUCCAGGCUAAUAAUCAUCUUUCCACACAGAUUGUCUUUACUUAAACGGCAGCAGUUACCACGGCAACAUAUCUGUGACAGCCUCAGAUAUUCCGUGUCAAUCAUGGACAGAGCAAUGUCCACAUCGUCAUACCAUGAACGAUACAUAUCCAGAACUGAAUAACGCUAAGAAUUAUUGUCGAAAUCCUCAGAACUCAGGACAACGACCUUGGUGUUUUACUACAGAUAGGAACAAGAGAUGGGAGUACUGUGAUAUCCCUAAAUGUAUAUCAGGUAUGCGGUAAUAUUGUACUAUGAUAACCCUAGAUGAAUACCAUCAGAGUUGAUGAGAAUUUUUUCCCGUUUGACCGGUAAUAUUAGUCAACUCUCAUCAUGCAAACUCUCACUUGUCAACUCUCAUCAACUCUUAUCCUCGUUUGACUGGGACAUGAAACAUGUAAUACUUUUCUGUCUUGUUUAGUUGAUGGUAAUUACAGUAACUGGUCAUUAAACAGUACGUGCAAUGUAAGUUGUGGUGAAGGUUUUGAAACAUGGACACGAGAAUGUAACAACCCUGAACCAAAGUAUGGUGGAAGAAACUGCAGUCAUUUAGGAGAACCUGUUGAGUACAGACCAUGUUUGGCAAAGCCUUGCCCUGGUAAGUGAAAUCAAUUUUUUUAUUAAAUACUCAAAUAAAAGGCGACAUUCUUUGCAGGGUUGGAGCACUCUCCUCCGAAGAGGUUACUUUGGGCAAGAUUGGGCAGAGGCGGAUCUACCGGGGGAGCUUAUUUUCAAAUCAUCGGGGAGAUUAUUCCAGAAAACGGCGCCACGGUAGCCAAAACACCUCUUGCCGGCUUCCGUCCUGGGUCGACGCGAUAGUGUUGUUUAAGCUGUUGAACGCAUGGAAUGGAACAAAAGUAACUUUGCAUUAGAAUUAUGCUAAUGUUUUAUAUUCAUAUCUUUAGUUGACGGUGGUUACAGCAACUGGACUUUGAGUAAGCCAUGCAGUGUUUCAUGUGGUGAUGGAGUGGAAAUAUGGCGACGUUUUUGUAUUAAUCCUGAACCAAAAUACGGCGGUCAUAACUGUAGUGGUCUUGGAAACUCGGCUCAGUUUAGAAAGUUAAACUGUAGCAGAAAACCAUGUCCAAGUUAG